GGUCUCUUCGCCUCGGCGGGGAAGAUGAAGAUUGUGGAGGAGCCGAACACGUUCGGGUUGAAUAACCCGUUCUUGCCUCAGCCAAACAGGCUGCAGCCAAAGAUGUCCCCCUCUGCAGUAUCAGGCCCUGCACAUCUCUUUAGGCUUGCUGGCAAGUGUUUCAGUUUUGUGGAAUCCACGUACAAGUAUGAGUUUUGUCCUUUCCAUAAUGUCACUCAGCAUGAGCAGACUUUUCGAUGGAAUGCCUAUAGUGGGAUUUUAGGAAUCUGGGAUGAAUGGGAAAUUGACAACAACACAUUUGUUGGAAUGUGGAUGAGGGAAGGAGACUCAUGUGAAACUAAGAGCAGACAGACAAAGGUUCAUCUUGUUUGUGGAAAGAGCAAUAAAUUGGCAUAUGUGUCUGAGCCGAGUACUUGUGUUUACUCUCUGACAUUUGAGACUCCUCUCGUAUGCCAUCCCCACUCUCUUUUAGUUUAUCCAACUCUGACUGAAGCACUACAAAGGAAGUGGGAUGAAGCAGAGCAGCUUCUGUAUGAUGAACUAAUAACUGACCAGGGAUACAAAAAAAUACUGAAAGAGAUUUUUGAGGAAGCAGGACUUCUAAAAGCAACAGAAGAAGAAGAAGUUGAGAAACAGAAUAAGAAAAUAAGUGUGGAAUUUGAAACAGUGGAGAAGUGCAGUAAGGAAUACAAGCAACUUUCUAAAGAAAUAAAAAAACUUAAAGAUUUAUUAAGUCAGCACGGUAUUGCAUACAAAGGAAAUUCUGCUGAAAAUACCAGUGUUGAACAUGUAAGUCACAAACUGGCAACUGCAGUGACAACUGUUUUUAACGGGUCAAAGGAUGAUGAGCACCUGCAUGGCGACACAGGAAUUUGGAAUGACACUGUAUGAAGAAAUUUGGCUGGUAAACAGCAAGUUCAUAUGGAAUGUCAAGAAGUUGAACGUGUAUCGUGGCACCGAGAUGACUGACCUUCUGCGAGGAUUCUUGACUUUCUGAAUUUCUGCCGUAAAGCAGAACAUAAUGGAGUGCAGGCUCGCCAUUGCGGAGAACAGUUGGCUAGUCUCCGAGAUCAUUUGUAAAACUUCUUUGCUAAGGCCGAUAUUGGGCAUAGGUUUACAGACUGUGCAUCUCCAGUCCCAGCUGUUAUUUUCUUUGAUCAAGCACGGCAACAGGUGGUGUAUAUACAAAAUAGUUCAAGACCAGUGCUGUAAGAUGUUGCAUGCAUGAAAGGCAGCAAGUACACUAUUAAGAACACGUUGCUUCAUCUGUGUGCCAAAAGGUUUUCUGUGCAGGCUUUAGCAGAAAAAGAAAUGUUUUCUGCUGUAGCAGUGCAUAACGCCCCACUCCACCCGCGCUGAGAGGUUGAUGUCAUCCUGGGAGAGUGGGUGGGUAAAACGAAAGCUCUUCAGGCUCUGACGGAAAGGUGCUGUGAAAGCACCAACACUGUUCUAAAAGAACAGCUCCGUUGAGGGAGCACGUGGCCGUUCUCUGUACGUAGCAUGGAAUAAAGCGGACUUUUCCAACGCAAGUGGUGGAGCCGUUACUGUGGGAGUCGGUGGAGGCCGGGUACGCUGCCUCCUCUGGUCCGGUUGGUGAGCUCGCCGGGUGGCC